GAAAGCUGGGAUGAGAGUUUUAAUAAUGGCGUGGACUCAGCGGGGAGCAGCUGCUCUUUACUCCCCGUCCGGUACCAGCCAGAAACCUGCGAGCGUCGAAAAACGGAUUUUAUUGGAGCUUUGAGAGCAUUUUAACGGAUUUUAUUAUGUUACCUCACUGAAAGUAAAUCUCCGCUGAGAGCUUCAAACUGUGAAACUACCUGCUGCUUGUCGCUGGAAGCGCUUUGUCAUGUCGUUACUGUGUGUCAGAGUGAAAAAAGCCAAACUUCAAGGAGCACCAGAUAAAUUCAACACCUACGUGACGCUGAAGGUCCAGAAUGUUAAAAGCACGACCAUCACGGUUCGCGGAGACCAGCCCUGCUGGGAGCAGGACUUCAUGUUUGAGAUCAACCGGCUGGACCUGGGGCUCAUUGUGGAGGUGUGGAACAAAGGCCUCAUCUGGGACACCAUGGUGGGAACGGCCUGGAUCCCCCUGAAAAACAUCCGCCAGUCUGAGGAGGAAGGUUCAGGCGAGUGGAUCUUCCUGGACUCAGAGGUUCUGAUGAAGGCCGAUGAGAUUUAUGGCACCAAGAACCCGACGCCUCACCGAGUUCUGCUGGACACGCGCUUCGAGCUGCCGUUCGAUAUCCCAGAGGAUGAAGCGCAGUAUUGGACGGGGAAGCUGGAGCGAAUCAACAUGGGAAUCCAUGAUGAGUUUCCUCUUCCAGAUGAGGACCAGAGGGCUCCGCUGCAGUGUGCACCCUCCCAGUGCUCUCUGGACGAUCAGGACAGCGCCGUAGACGACCGGGACAGCGACUACCGCAGCGAGACCAGCAACAGUUUGCCGCCUCGGUACCACACCACGGCCCAGCCCAACUCGUCCGUGCACCAGUUCCCCAUGGGGCCCCGCGGCGCCCAGCAGCACCCAGACUGCUGCACCGACUCGGUCCGCAGCUUGGACCUGGACUACCGGGACCAGAGAGGAAGCAGUCCGGUGGAAAGUAAUCGUUUCGGGUCGUCGGGGAACCUGAGCCAGGCUAGCUCGCAGCUAAGCGAGACCGGCCAUGAGAGCACCGGCGGCUCCGAACUGGAAGAGUCUUUCCACUCCUACCAUAGUACCGGCUUACACCCGUCCACCAACGGCCAGCCGCGUCCCACCCGGCCUCCCACCAACGGACACUCGGCUGGCAGCGAGAAGGAUGUAGACAUUCAGUCCAAUGAACUUCUGCAGAGUUUAAAAAGCGAAGCAUCAGAAAAAGAAGCACCAAAACUCCCAAGAUUCCAUGAUGGCGGCCAGCUGUUGCCUUUCUCCCCGUCUAGAGUUCGCUGGUUGAAAGCCAUCAACAAAGUGAGAGUUCAGCUUCGGGAGGUCAGAGAUGUGGAUCCCGACAGCAGACAGGCCUGGGCUAAACCAAGUGGUGAAUCUGGUCUGUAUGGAAUCGACAGCAUGCCAGACUUGCGUAAGAAGAAGCCCAUCCCCCUGGUCAGCGACGUGGCUAUGUCGCUUGUCCAAGCCAGGAAGGCAGGGAUCACCUCCGCCAUGGCGGCUCGGCCCUCAUUCAAAGACGAGGAGCUGAAAAACCAUGUUUACAAGAAGACCCUGCAGGCGCUCAUCUACCCCAUUUCCUGCACGACGCCUCAUAACUUUGAGGUGUGGACCGCCACCACUCCCACUUACUGCUAUGAGUGUGAGGGGCUGCUGUGGGGAAUCGCCCGCCAAGGCAUGCGUUGCUCUGAAUGUGGCGUCAAGUGCCAUGAAAAGUGCCAAGAGUUGCUUAAUGCGGAUUGUUUACAACGUGCGGCUGAGAAAAGCUCCAAACAUGGAGCAGAAGACCGCACCCAGAAUAUCAUCAUGGCCAUGAAAGACAGGAUGAAGAUCAGAGAGAGGAACAAACCAGAGAUCUUUGAGCUGAUCAGGGAGGUGUUCGUCGUCACCAAAGCCAUUCACGCUCAGCAAAUGAAGACCAUCAAGCAGAGCGUGUUGGACGGGACGUCAAAGUGGUCGGCCAAGAUCACCAUCACAGUGGUUUGUGCGCAGGGACUUCAGGCGAAAGACAAGACCGGUUCCAGUGACCCGUAUGUGACCGUUCAGGUGGGGAAGACCAAGAAGAGAACCAAAACCAUCUAUGGGAACCUCAACCCAGUCUGGGAGGAAAAGUUCCACUUCGAGUGCCAUAAUUCUUCAGAUCGCAUCAAAGUUCGUGUUUGGGACGAAGACGAUGACAUCAAGUCCAGAGUGAAGCAGCGUCUGAAGAGGGAGUCCGAUGACUUCCUGGGUCAGAGCAUCAUCGAAGUUCGAACGCUGAGCGGAGAAAUGGACGUCUGGUACAACCUGGAGAAGCGGACGGACAAGUCGGCCGUGUCGGGAGCCAUUCGCCUCCAAAUCAACGUGGAGAUCAAAGGAGAGGAGAAAGUGGCUCCGUACCACGUCCAGUACACCUGCCUGCAUGAGAACCUGUUCCACUUUUCCACCGACGUUCUGGGUCAGGGUUCGGUCCGGAUCCCCGAGGCCAGAAGCGACGACUCCUGGAAACUUUACUUUGACGACGUGGCGCAGGAAAUAGUCGACGAGUUCGCAAUGCGCUACGGGAUCGAGGCCAUUUACCAGGCCAUGACACAUUUUGCCUGCUUGUCCACUAAGUACAUGUGUCCUGGGGUUCCUGCAGUGAUGAGCAGCCUGCUGGCUAAUAUCAAUGCUUUCUACGCCCACACUACCGCUUCCACCAACGUGUCCGCCUCCGACCGAUUCGCUGCCUCCAACUUUGGGAAGGAACGUUUUGUCAAGCUUUUAGACCAGCUUCACAACUCCUUACGUAUUGAUCUCUCCACCUACCGGAAUCACUUUCCUGCCAGCAGCAAAGAUCGGCUGCAAGAUUUGAAAUCAACAGUGGAUCUUCUGACCAGCAUCACCUUCUUCAGGAUGAAGGUCCAGGAGUUACAGUCUCCGCCCAGAGCCAGCCAGGUGGUGAGGGACUGUGUCAAAGCCUGCCUCAACUCCACCUACGACUACAUCUUCAACAACUGCCACGAACUCUACAGCAGACAGUACCAGCCUGCGGACGCAAACAAGGAGGAGCUCCCCCUGGAGGAGCAGGGACCCAGCAUCAAGAACCUGGACUUCUGGCCCAAACUCAUCAUGCUGAUCGUCUCCAUCAUAGAGGAGGACAGGAACUCCUACACACCUGUGCUCAAUCAGUUUCCACAGGAACUGAGUGUGGGAAAAGUUUCAGCAGAAGUCAUGUGGACGUUGUUCGCUCAAGACAUGAAGUACGCUCUGGAAGAGCAUGAGAAGCACAGACUGUGUAAAAGCACCGAUUACAUGAACCUGCACUUUAAAGUCAAGUGGCUCUACAAUGAAUACGUCAAGGAGCUUCCGAUCUUUAAGGAUGUCGUUCCCGAAUAUCCAUCUUGGUUUGUGCAGUUCGUUCUGCAGUGGUUGGAUGAGAACGAGGAUGUGUCGAUGGAGUUCAUGAAUGGAGCGCUGGAGAGAGACAAGAAAGACGGAUUCCAGCAGACGUCGGAGCACGCUCUGUUCUCCUGCUCCGUGGUGGACAUCUUCACCCAGCUCAACCAGAGCUUCGAGAUCAUCAAGAAACUGGAAUGUCCCAACCCCAGCGUCAUGGCUCACUACAGCCGCCGCUUCUCCAAGACAAUCACCAAAGUCCUGCUGCAGUACAGUGCCAUCUUGACCAAGAGCUUUCCUUCUUAUAUUGACAAGGAGAAGAUUCCCUGUGUCCUCAUGAAUAACGUGCAGCAGCUGAGAAUCCAGCUGGAGAAAAUGUUUGAAUCAAUGGGGGCCAAACAGAUGGACACGGAGGCCAGCGACCUGCUGAACGACCUGCAGGUUCGGCUCAACAACGUUCUGGACGACCUCAGCAGCACGUUUGGGAACAGCUUCCAGAGCCGCAUCACCGACUGCAUGCGGCAGAUGGCGUCGCUGCUGUACCAGAUCAAAGGACCGCUCAACGAAAACACCAAGAACCAGGUGGAGGCCGACUCCGACAACAUGCUGCGGCCGCUCAUGGACUUCCUGGAUGCGCAGUUGACGCUGUUCGCCACGGUGUGUGAGAAAACCGUCCUGAAGCGCGUCCUGAAGGAGCUGUGGAGGAUCGUGAUGACCAGCCUGGAGAAGAACAUCGUCCUGCCGCAGGGGAACGACACCUUCGGAGCACAGAUCCUUUCUGCUGCUAAAGAACUGGGACACCUUUCCAAACUGAAGGAUCACAUGGCAGGAGACGCUAAAAGCCUGACGCCCAGGCAGUGUGCCGUCAUGGACGUGGCUCUGGAUACCAUCAAGCAAUACUUUCAUGCAGGUGGGAACGGCUUGAAGAAGACUUUCCUGGAGAAGAGCGCUGAGCUUUCGUCGCUCCGCCACGCUCUGUCUCUCUACACCCAGACCACCGACACGCUCAUCAAAACCUUUGUGACCACGCAGCAUUCACAAGUGCACAAUGGGAAGGGUAUUAGGUUAACUCCUAAUGAGAAAAUCCAGCCCAGCAGGGGUUCAGGUGUGGACAAACCCAUCGGAGAGGUUUCCCUGCAGAUUGAGCUGUACACUCAUCCGAAGAGCGGAGAGCGGAAAGUUACACUCAAAGUGAUUGGAGCCAGUGAUUUGAAGUGGCAGACGUCUGGGAUGUUCAGACCCUUCGUGGAAGUCACUCUGAUCGGGCCGCACCUCAGCGACAAAAAGCGCAGAUUUCAGACCAAAUCCAAGAACAACAGCUGGUCUCCCAAAUACAACGAGACCUUUCACUUCGUUCUGGGUGUCCAGGACGGGUUCGAGUGCUACGAGGUUCAAGCCUGCGUCAAGGACUACUGCUUCGGCCGCGCCGACCGGGUGGUGGGCCUGGCCGUGGUGCAGCUGAGGGACAUCAUGGAGAGGGGCAACUGCGCCUGCUGGUGCCCCCUGGGGCAGCGCAUCUCCAUGGACGACACGGGCCUGACCGCCAUGCGGAUCCUCUCCCAGCGCUCCAACGACGACGUCGCCAAGGAGUUCGUCCGGCUCAAGUCCGAGACCCGAUCAGCGGAGGAGGGAAGAUGAGGGUCUGCUUAUUCCAGUGGGACUGCUUUGACCUCUGACCUCUCUUGGCUGCUGUGGAAAACCUCACCAGCUUCCAGUGUUCUUCAACUUCACAUUUUUAACCUUUUUAACUCUCGUCCGCCUCCACUGAGGAGACAGAACCCAUCCAGAACCUGUCAAAGGGCCGAAUAAGAACCCACCCACCCCAAGUGUUCUUGUGCAAUAAAUCCAACCCACCCCUCCCAAACUGUGGCCAAGUGGUUCAAGCCUUACACUCUGCAAGCUGUGAAUGUGUGUUCAUGUAAAAGGAAAGAAAUCCCUGUUUUUAAUGACCAGAAUCAAAUAUUUCACUUCACUUAGCAAAGAAAAACUACAAAUCACAAUUUAUGUUCUGUUUUCUAACAGUUUGAGCAGAUUAAUGCAGAAAUGAUUUUAAUCCUCAUUUCCAAAUGAAAAAUGUUUGAAUUUAACUCAUAGAUUCAUUUCAUCCUCUAUUUGGUGGACAUUUUAUUUCUCUCUGUGUUUCCUGUACGCUGUGGCCAUUUUAUUUAUUUUUAUGUUUAUUUAUUUCCCUUUUAAAGACGGGAUUUGAUGCGUUUUCUGCUCCAUUUAUUGACAUUUUUGUUGAGUUUUUUGGGGUUUUGUUACAAACUGAGUUGCACAGCAGGACUUGAGUUGGAUAAUUACAAGUUUACAUUUCUCUCCUUUUUUUGUCUUUUAUUCUGCUCUUCAUAUGAGUGGCCUUAAUUAUAAAACUGAUUUUUUAAAUAUUUUUUUGUUUAUUUUUUAAUCUCUUUACCUUGUAAUUGUUAUGAUUUGCAUCUUAUUUCCCCAGAUUGAUGUCAAACUGGUGAAUUUCCUUAACAUUUUCUAUUUUUCAUUUCAGUAAUUUUAUGUAAUCUGGAUUUUUGUGGGCAUCUUUCAUGCUGAGUAUCAAAUCCAAUGUUUUUUUAUUUGUUUCCAUUUCUUUAUAUUUUCUGUAGACAGUGAUUUAUUUUGAACUCUUUUUGUUUCUGCAGCUUUUUAAUGGAUAAAAUCUCUUAGACUCUACAGAUUCAGCCUCUUUCUGACCUUCCCUGAAUAAUUCAAUGUUUUUGUUGAUGGGAGAAAAUAUUUCUUUGUGCAACACACUUUCCUCGUGCCAAGUUAAGUUUUCACUUUAGGUUUUUUUAAUUAUUGCACAUUUUUGUAACUUUUGAACCAUAAAAUCUCUGCAUUUAUCUGGAGUUUUCAUUGGACUGUCACUUCUCUUUAAAUCUGUCUCACUGUGUUUGUUUUCCACUUAAAGUUUUCUAUAAAGUAUUUAAGACUUAAA